AUGCCGCUCCCAGCCAAGAAGGCCGCCGACGAGGUUUGCGGUGGUUGCGCUCAUCUGUUGCUGCGGCGAAUAGUCGCUGAUGAGCUUGUGAACUUGGUAACGGCGGGCGCGCAGGUCAGCGGCGUAAUGUCGGCGUUGGCAAGUCUGUCGAGAUAUGGCGUAGAAGAUCGGAGUUUCGUGAGUGUUCUGGUCGAAGUCACGGUUCAAGGUGGAAGCCGGAGCUCAGGCCAACCGCGCCAGGCACCCUUGCAUGUGAGCUCGACUUCACACAUUCCUGCGCUGGAACCCGACGCUGAAAUCACGUCUUACGCCGACUCACCAGAGACACUGAAUUUAUUUGGAAAGUGGCAAUUUACUAUGGUGAAAGAAUCCAGGCAUGAUUCAGGUGGCGCACUGCCUUUCCCCAACUUCACGUCGCUUCCUCCCACUUCAUUCGCCUCCACAUCCUUUAAACCCUGGAUAGGAGAUUCGUCCAAUAGGGAAUCGUGUUGGAAGGGACCAUACGUGGAAAUACCUGCACGGGCCGAUGGACUAAACAAGAACGAUAAACCACUCGUACUAUUAUUAUGCGCCCACUACUGGAGGCUGUCCAACCCAACAAUAACGACGAUCCAAGAUCCGCUCGCUGAGAUGCAGCCGCGGAGCCCAAGGCGCAUAUCAACGCCCUGCAUCAGCUAUAGAUUGCCGGCCGGUCGUGAUCUGACCUCGACUCAGCAUGAGGAAAAAGACAUUUAG